AAAUCGUCGUUUUCUCUUUUCACGCCGUGUUUUAAAAUGGGAGUAGUGCUGCGGAAUCUCCAGAAGGUGGUGCCUCUGCGCCGCGCCAGGCUGCGCAGGGACGUGGACACGCUGAGACACAUACUGGGCGUCCACAAGUUCGACCUGGGCGUCAUCUGCGUGGACAAUAACAGGAUUCAGCAAAUUAACAAUAUAUACAGGAAGAAAAAUGUGCCCACGGACGUCCUCUCGUUUCCAUUCUACGAGGACCUGAGACCUGGUAAGCUGCCUUGCCCUCUCCAUAGAGAUGAGCUGAACCUUGGGGACAUCUUCUUGGGGGUGGAGUUUGUGAUGAAGCAGUGUCAGGAGGAGUCCUUAGAUCUGCACGGAGCCCUAACUGUUAUCACUGCACAUGGUAUCUGUCACCUGCUGGGCUACAGACAUGAGACAGAAGAAGAAUGGACUGAGAUGCUGCAGAGGGAAAGCUACAUUCUCAGUGAGUACAACAGACUGACAGGGAGACAUCUGGAGCCCCUGACGAAGAGAUGCACUCAGGAGAGGUGACAGUGACGGUCACAGCUGCACUAUGGUGCUUGUUAUUGUUGUUCGUGUAACCAGGUGGACUACUACUUGAAUAAAAUUGUUUUAUUCGUUACCUCAUUCAUAAACAAGUGUACACCAAAUGCUGUCUUCUCCACAAUCACACAAUUUGCAGCUACUGUUUGUAAGGACUUUUACCAUCUGACACUAAAAAUGCAAGACUUUGAUUGUGGAUAUCCUUUUCAAAUAUUGGAUGUGUGCGUUGUUUGAGUUUUAAAAAUAUUAAAAAGUCAGUGCACUUUCACUGUAAUAUUUUAUUAAAAUCUGCUUUAGGAAGAGUCAGUCGUGUAUGAAGGGUAGAAAAAGCUGUUCAUUUUUACUUCACAAAUACAUUAUACCCUCUUUACACUGCAUUUGGGACAGGAUGUUCAGGAAAGCGCAAUGUUUCAGAAAUGUAAAUCCAAGCAGACAUAAAAACAAACAAAAAGAACGGAUUUCUGAGUAACAUUUAUCUGCAUGUCAUAAUUCACGAUGCGACAAUACUGUACCUACAGGAGUCAGCUAAUAAUGCUCACCUCCUGAAAACCCAACUAUGAAGAGCAUCAUUAAGUACAUACUAAUGCUCAACUUUUAUAAUGAAAUAUGUAACGUUUGUAUCAGUUGUGUGGGAAGUUGAAAUCAUUUGGUGUGGUCCAGCAGAGACCAUGUUUCUAUGUUGAACUGAAAUGUGAUCUUAUUUUUACAGUGGUAACGAAAAAGAGCUGUACAACCAGUUUCCAGUAUUGAAACCGGUACAGGAAUAACAAAAUACUUCCUUUUUCUCCAUUCUAUAAGCAAGCACGCUUGAUAGGAACUAGUGGAACCGCGUUAGCAGAGGUCUAAAGGUGUUAAGUACUGUUUACUGGCCUUAAAGAUGGUGACAUAAAAGACACUAUAGCUAGCUUCCCUGGUGAUCUAGUAAUAACUCCUAUUUGCCGUGGCGUAUCUCGAUGGGUUAAAUUAACAUAAAAAUCAACCCUAUGCUGCAAUAAAUAGAAAAUCUUGGCUUUUUAUAAAGGAAAAUCUGACUUACACAUCGUUGACAAACAUUUAAAAACAACAAGGUUGUGCAACAUUCAAAGUAAAGCUUGUAUACAUAUUUAUAAAAGUUUUCUCGGGAGGCACAAGGUCAAAACCCAAAAAGAAUGAAGUAGGCUUUACCGAGAAAAGCUCAGUAAAAAAAAA